AUGAACAAUGUUGGUGUGUUCACAACCUCCUCAAAUACGAAUCUCCAAUUCGAUAUCCCUAUCACUUACCCUGCCACUGCUCCCGAGCUUGAGUUGCCUGAGAUUGACGGCAAAACUCAAAAGGUUUUGGUGCUUUCUUUUGGUUACGACCGGAGUUUUGUUUCUGUCUCAAAUGGAAUUGAUUGGUUGGUUGAUUCUAUUAAGCUGGUCGAAAUGAAAGUUACUGUCCUGAAUCCUAGGUUUGGUAUAGCACAUGCACUUUGUUUGGGGCUUGCUGCAGAGAUUCCAAUUCUUGUCGACUCCGGCAUGAUUAAGCACAAAGAUGACGCAGCAGCCUCAUCUGCAGAGUCUUAG